CUUAUUAGUUUGUUCUUAGUAAUGCACAUUUACAUUAAAUUUUGUGACGUCGUACAAUGUCAUGCAGUUUGCUGAGAAUUAAAUUGCAAGAUCAGUGCUCAAGCUGGUGGCUGUAUGCAAUAGUAAGCAGAUGUAAUACUGAAUCAUGGGAGAAAUUACUUUUCUUAAGAUGCAUAAUCACCUCAUGAAUGCUGAUUUUUGUCAGCAUUUGAGGUAGUUUUCUGUAGCCAUGCUUUGUUUUCCUGUUCUCCCAGAGAGGUGAUACUGAAUGAUCCUUAUGGUGACAUGUGCUCUGUUUCUGCUUCACCCUCACCGUAAGUGUAAAACACAGCUAAAGAAAAAACCCGAAUAAGGCUAUAGAGUAUAGAGGACACAGUACCCUCUGCUAGUCUACAACAUAAACUAUUUUCAGAAUCAGUGGAGUUGAGAAAAAUUUCAGGAAGGAGGUUACAGAAUCACAGGACAGCUGAGGUGGGAAAGGAUGUCUGCAGAUAACCUCAUCCCCUGUCCUGCUCACAGCAGGCUGAGCCAGAGCAGACAGGUCAAGGCUGUGGUCCAGCUGGGUUCUGUAUAUCUCCAAGGAUAGAGUCUCCAUAACCUUGCUGGAAAACAUGAGCCUAGUAUUUGACUACCCUCAGAGUUUUUAAAAGAAAUAGAAGGUUUUUAUUAUGUUUAAGUAGACUUUUUUUGGUUUAUAUUUUUUCAAUUUGUGCCCCUUGCCUCUUGUUUGUUCACUGGAUGCCAGUAAGAAGAGUUUGGCUCAAUACUCCUAACAUCUUUCCACCAGGUAUUUAUACACCUGGUUAAGAUCUUCCCAUAGCCUUCUGUUUCUCAGGCAGAAUGGUCCUGGUGCUCUCAGCCUCUUGCAGAGCGGGUUCUCCAGUCUCUUCACUGUGUGAAUCCCUAUGGAGAUCUGCAUGAGAGACGACCUGAAGAACGAUUCGCAUGAAUCUCUGGUCAGGGACAGUAAGCUUCUGUUUGGCAAGAAUUGUCAUGGAUGAUGACGAUGAUGAAUCCUGUCUCCUUGAUCUUAUUGGGGACCCACAGGCGCUGAAUUAUUUUCUACAUGGACCUAGUAGUAAAUCUAGCAAUGAAGACUUGACUAAUGCAGAAUAUUCUGUAGCCAACUCAAAUUCAAUUUUCGCCAACUCCAAUAGCACUGAUCCUAAGUCGUCUGUAAAAGGUGUAAGCGGUCAGCUUGGAGAGGGGCCUAGUGAUGGACUGCAGCUGUCCAGUAGCCUUCAGUUUCUUGAAGAUGAACUUGUAUCGUCUCCUUUGCCUGAUCUUACUGAGGAUCAGCCUUUUGAUAUUCUUCAGAAGUCCUUGCAGGAGGCCAAUAUUACUGAACAGACUUUGGCAGAAGAGGCAUAUUUGGAUGCCAGCGUAGGUUCUAGCCAACAGUUUGCACAAGCUCAGCUUCAUCCUUCUUCAUCAGCAUCCUUUACUCAGGCUUCUAAUGUUUCUAAUUACUCAGGUCAGACGUUGCAACCUAUAGGAGUUACUCAAGUGGUACAGCAACCUGUUGGAGCAUCUUUUGCAAGCAAUACAGUCGGUGUGCAACAUGGCUUUAUGCAACAUGUCGGAAUUAGUGUUCCCAGCCAGCAUUUGUCUAAUAGCAGCCAGAUCAGUGGUUCUGGGCAGAUACAACUAAUCGGUUCAUUUAGUAAUCAACCUUCCAUGAUGACCAUUAAUAACCUCGAUGGAUCUCAGAUAAUAUUGAAAGGCAAUGGUCAGCAAACACCUGCAAACAUGAGUAGUGGGCUCUUGGUUCACAGACAAACUCCAAAUGGGAACUCGCUGUUCAGUAACUCAAAUUCAAGUCCAGUAGCACAACCCGUAACUGUUCCAUUUAACAGCACAAAUUUUCAGACUUCGUUGCCUGUCCAUAAUAUCAUCAUUCAAAGGGGUUUGGCACCAAACUCUAACAAAGUUCCUAUUAAUAUCCAACCAAAGCCGAUUCAGAUGGGUCAGCAGACUGCUUACAAUGUGAAUAACUUGGGAAUACAGCAACAUCAUGUACAGCAAGGGAUUCCCUUUGCUUCUGCAAACUCACCUCAAAGUUCAGUAGUUGGUCCUCAUAUGUCUGUUAAUAUUGUUAAUCAACAAAAUACAAGAAAAUCAGUUACACCUCAGACAGUUAGCAAUGCUGGAGGUAGUAUUGUUAUCCAUUCUCCUAUGGGACAGCCUCACGCAUCUCAAAACCAGUUUCUCAUACCUACAAGUUUGUCUGUUAAUUCUAAUUCAGUUCAUCAUGUCCAGGCCAUAAAUGGACAGCUUCUUCAGACUCAGCCUUCCCAGCUGGUCCCUGGCCAAGUGUCUGCUGAGCAUGUAAUGCUCAACAGGAACUCUACAAACAUGCUAAGAGCCAACCAGUCGUAUUCAGGACAGAUGCUGAAUAAUCAGAACACAGCUGUUCAGCUUGUUUCUGGCCAGACAUUCACAGCUCCUGGAAACCAAGUUAUAGUAAACCAUGGAACUUCACAAAUUGUUGGUGGGCAGGUGCCAAUGCAGCAGGCGUCACCAACGGUGUUGCAUUUGUCACCCAGUCAAGCUAAUGUUUCUCAAGGUAGAUCGAGUUUCACUGCGAUGUCACCGGGGCAGUCCACAGUCUCAAAUAUGUCAGCUUCUAACAGAUUUGCUGUUGCAAGUUCUUCUGGUUCAGUACAUCCCAGCUUGGGACCAUCAGUUCAGUCUGUCGCGUCAGGAGGAAACUUUGCAGGAGAUCAGCUCAUACAGAACAGAACUCAAGCUUCUGUCAGUGCAUCACAUCGUCUUCCAGCGUCCUCUUCCAAAUCCAUCAGCACCUUCAGUCACACAUCUGGUGGAGUAACACAACAGCAGUUUGCAUUUGGUCAGAAAAAGGCUGUGAACCAGACAUCACCAGUUUCUGCAUCGAAGACACAGGAUAAUUUGAGACAACCUCAGCUAACAAGUCUUCUGAGCAACACACUAUCAGGACAGGACUCUGGAGGAAAAAUCGCGCCGCAAUCUCUAGGAACAGCACAGCCACAAGAAAAAGUGAUAGGAUCAACAUCAGUUCAACAGAGUAUACAGGUGGAUGGUCAUUUAGUUGGACAGAAAAGGCCUGCUGCUAAACAGUUAACUAAAGGAGCUUUUAUUCUACAACAAUUACAGAAGGAUCAGGUACAUGCUGUGACACCAGAUAAAAGUCGGUUCAGAUCAUUAAAUGAUGCAGUUCAAAGACUCCUUUCAUACCAUGUGUGCCAGGGAUCACUGCCAACAGAGGAGGACUUAAGAAAAGUGGACAGUGAAUUUGAAUCCGUAGCCACACAGCUUCUGAAGAGGACACAGGCUAUGCUGAACAAAUACAGGUGUUUGCUGAUAGAAGAUGCAAUGCGGAUAAAUCCCUCUGCGGAAAUGGUUAUGAUCGAUAGGAUGUUUAACCAGGAGGAAAGGGCAUCUCUGACCCGGGAUAAGCGUCUUGCACUUGUGGAUCCUGAUGGUUAUCAGGCCGAUUUUUGUUGUUCUGCCAAACAACUUGAGAAAACAGCUGAAGAAGCACAGACCAGCAAAAGUGACCAUCAGUCUAGCAAAACAUUACCUUCUCGAAGUCAGAGUACCAAAACGCAAGCGAGAGACCGACCAAAAUCCAGCUCAGCAGAGUCCACAAAUCACAGUAAACUUCCUCUAGUGCCUAACAACAUUCUGACCCCACAAGAAGGAAAAGCUUCUACUAAAAAAUCGGAGAGCCUCACUAAAGCUUUAAAGUUUGAAAAAGCUAAUUGUUCUUCUGAGAGCCAAUACGUGGCCCUUUCUGAAGAAAGGAUGACUGGGAAAGAUCUUGCCAAGUCCACUGAGAAUUCUUCGAGUUCUGAAGAUUUGUCAAAAGCUGUGUCAAGAGGCAGUCAUGGGACACAGAAUAAGAUAUCAAGGAACACAAUUCAAUCUUUCUCAAAGGUAACGUGUAAUAAUUCUCUUCAAGACAAAACUCUGAGGAGCUCUCCAAAGAAUGAGGUUUUGCAUCCUGAUAACAGGAAAGGCUCUGGUGAAACCCAGCAAGACUUACUGCUCAGUAAGAGUUUAGAAACUACAUUUAAAAACAUCUUGGAACUUAAAAAAGCUGGGAGACAGCCACAAAACGAGGCGGCAAGUAGCGGCUCCGUUGAAUUAGAAUUUCCCAAUUUUUCACCUAUUGCUUCACAAGAGAACUGCCUGGAAAAAUUUAUUCCAGACCACAGUGAAAGUGUUGUAGAAACUGACUCUAUUUUAGAAGCAGCUGUAAAUAGUAUCUUAGAGUGUUAAUAGUUACAGUACCAUGGACAAGUUAUGUUUCUCUUAGCAGAAGCAAAUGUGAAUGACACCACAAGUACAGCCUGACAUGCAUUUAAGGUUAACCUUUCUAAACUAGAUUCUGUUCUGUGUUUGAGAGCAAUACUCAUUGUGGUUACAGUGAGAUAUCCAAGUAAAGUUAAUCCUUGUUAGAAUGCAGUCUGUUAGGGCCUUACUGUUUCGAGUAUUAUUAUGAUAGCGCUUUUAAUUGAGCAGUGCUGCAACAUAACAAGGUUGCAGGUUGUUAGGCCCUAUAUAAUACGGUAAUAUACUGACAAUCACAGUCAUUUGAAAAGAUAUAUUUAUUAAGAAAAUGUUUUUAAAGAGUGAUGGAAGCAACAAUUCUCCCCUACCCUCUCUUCCACAAAUCAUCAAAUUUUUAGUUUUCCUGGAAAACCCACUGUACCUCUAUUCAGAAGUGAUUAUUUGCUUUGUUGAUGAAUCUGUGUUCUAGGAUUCUUGAGUUGGAAGGAAAUCAUCAGUGUGUUUACAAGGCUUCAUUAUUUAAACUUUUAAGUGCUUUUCUAUUGCUUUCUGAGCAGAAACUAGUACUUGAUGAUAUAUUUGUAGUGGGUAACUUUAGUCUGUGGGAUGAUAUUAUAUGAUCUUAGUCACAGUGGCAUGAUAUGAAGUAAUAAAUGCUUGACUAAGGAAGGUAGAAUGGAAGCCAGUAAAUGGCAAAGUGUACAGGAUGAGGCCAUGAGAGAGCCAUGAAUUUAUAUAUAUAAUACAUAUAUAUGUUAACUCUUGAGGAAAAGAUUUUGCAUUUUAUAAUUGGAUGUAGUCAGCCUUGAGUCUUUCUGAAGUGGUAUAAAUGUUUUUGGGUUUUUUUUUUUAUUUGUUGUUUGUUUUUUUUAGACCAAGUGUCAAAAGCACUUUUAUUUGAAAACUGUAUUUGUAGCUUAUAUUUUAAGAGGACGUUAGCCUUACUCUGAUUAAAUUUAAAGGCCAGUGUUUAUUUUUGAUUUUUUUGCUGUUUUGCUGUCAGAGAAUGUUAAAUCAUCCACCGUAGCAGUCAUAAUUAUCAAGAUAUGUACAGACCAAAGUUGAUCAGCAAUCCCAUUGUUUAAACAUAUCAAAAAAUGUGUAAUUAUUAAUUCAUAUUGUAGAGCCAAGUGAAACCAUUGCAUGGUUUGUAUCUGGCUUGCUGUCAUGUUAUUAAGAUAGAAUCUUAUUAUUUUAUUUAUUUAUUUUAAUCUAUGACUUUCUUUUUUUGGUUUUUUUUUCUUUUUGCUGCCCAUGCUGCUUUGUCCUAGUUUACUUUGGUCAUGAGUGCUUUUAUGCACAGAAGCGCGCUGACAUUCGUCACGUGCGUGCAGUACAUAUGUCUGCUCAGGAGGGUAUAGCUUUUGUGGUUUUUAAGGUGUGCUCAUGUUCUUCCCCAGAACUUCUCCACAGUUUCUUAGAAAAAUUAACCAACCAUUUUUCAGACUUGCUGAUUAUGAUUUUCAUGAGAUAGAGGCUCGUUGUGACAAGCUGUGGUUGUCAGUCAGAUUGCCAGGAGAGAAAACAGAAGGUUUUGCUAUCGUGUAGUUCAGUCCAUCGGAAUAGCACAGAAGAAAGCAGAAUUAGAUCCUUGUGAUAGUAGGAGAUUACAGUGCAACUCAGUAUUGAACUACAGUCCACUGUCUGACCACUAAAGGAAACCAAAUCUAGAAAGCAAUGUGAGAAAGAUGAACUUCCUUAAAAUUCAUUUCCCCUUCAACGUGAAUGGAAAUACUGUUUUUUGUAUGUUACUAAUUGCCAUUUAAAAAAAUUGUGCCAAUUAUAAAGUACUUGUUUGUAAAAACCCAACAUUCCCAAGUGUUGUAUAACAUAUUCAAUAUAAUAAGAAGUAUUGCCAGUUUUAAAUUUUUAGUUGGGUGUCCAUAGAAUAGACUCUCAAGCAGUUAGUUGUUUUCUUAUUGGCAAAACUGACAAUAUAGUCUUCACCUAUUGCCUUUUUAGAUUUAAUAAUAUGCUCAUGGCUGUAUAUCCUGAUGCAUAUUUUAUUUUAUCAUUUUGGAAAUUUAACCAUUCUAAACUAUCUUGGAAGGAGAGCAGUAAGUUUCACAGCUGUAUGUUAACCAGUUAAAUUUUUCUUUUAUAGAGAAGAAAAAAAAGUGAAGUUGCACAUUCAUUAAUCCCCUUGCUUUUUGUACCACCUCAAAAUGGAUGGGGGGUUUCCAGCCUCUCUACAGCAAAUUGAUGUGUCAGGCUAUGUGUCUUCUAUUGGAUCUCAUUUGGGGAGGGGGGGAAAUGGUAUAUAAAAAAUGGCAAAUUACAAAAAGUAAUCGUGAUUGAUUUGGUCAGACACAUUUCUCUGAACUGCUUGUGAGAGGAACCCAUUGAACAAUCCUAGCAAGAUUGAUCUUAGUUUGUUAAUGUCCUGUUGUUCACUCCUUUGAAUUCAAUUCUAAAGGAAUUCUGGUACGUGAUGAAGCAGUAAAUGAAAGAAUUGUAUUUUUGUGGUGCUUAAAAAAAAGUUUAUUAAUCAUAUGGGCUCAAGUCCAGCAAAGUAUUGUGAAUGUGCAUGACUUUAAACAUGUUUUCAUUAUUUUGCUGGAUCAGCAUUGUGAUUUCAAUGUUAUUUAAUACUGCCUAAUAGUAAAACAAAUUUUAAACUGGCAAUUAAGAAAACUAUGUUCAUUUUGAAGAUUUUAGUAUAAUUUAUCUGUUAGAGUAGGGAGGCCUUACAGACUGACUUCACUUAAAGAGGAUGUGUCACUUAUUGUCAGUGUGGUAUGGACUUUAUUUGCUUAAAUACCUUCAUUUGUAAAGUAUGUCUCACUUGAAAUUGCUUUGUAUACAUUUUGUAAAAAUAUUUAUAAAAUGUUUUGUAAAAAAAAAAAGUAUAACAAAUUGCAGUUUAUUUUGUUAUGUUGGAUAAAUACUGUUAAAAGACACAAGUCAGUAAAUAUAUUGUUAAUCCAUGGAUAGGAAAUGUUUAGUUGGAGAUUACAAAUUGAAACAACCAUUGCAAUACAGCCAAAGAUUUGGGAAAAAA